GAAUCAUAACACAGGCCCGAGACACAGACAGUCCCACUGCCCGCGCGCCUCAGAACACUGAUUGGAGACUGGAGAUCGAUGCUCCUCGCAUGCAGCCGGGGAGGAGAGGGACGCGACUCCACAUCCGCUCGUUUACACAGACGCCCCCAUCCACGCGCAAUCGGUCUACUCAUUUCCCACCGGCUGGACCUCCCCCAUGCCUGAGCCAGUGUGUGGUGGCGAGACAAGCCUACUGUACCGCCAGAGUCCGUGAGGGGAACAGUUGCUUGCUGGGCAGAUUAGACGAUACCAGUCGGGAAGGACGCGGCACGAAGAGGACGAAGCAGACCCACGGUCUAUGUUCCCCCGCGUGGAUGGAUGGACCGAGAGAGAAUACAACCUGGACCUGCAGUGCAGAACUGGCUUUUCAGGCUACCUUUGAUUCAACGCAUUUUGUUGACGGUCAGUCCUCCCUAGUCCUGGAUCCAGAGCUCUCUGUCUCCGCCCCGGCCCCAGAGGACUCCCCCACACACCUAGGCACCAUGACCCAGGAGGGGCAGGGACACCCCCAGACUGAACCUCCUAUAUCCACAGACAGCCAAGGGGAGAUGCCAGCCCACCCUGCAGAGAAGCCAGCCACAAACCAAGGGCUGGAGGGGCAACGUCUGGAGAUGGAGGGGAUAGAGGGGACUAAUGAGAAGGAAGGGGAAGAAAGUGUUACGGUACAAAGGGAAAUACACAGAGAAAGAGAAGGUGAGGAAAGUGGAAAGGGAGAGGGUGAUGAGGUAGAUGAGGGAGUGGAACAAGUGAUGCAGGGAGAAGGAGAGGUGCAUGAAGAGAGAGAGAGUAUGGCAGAGACAAGUGAUGAAGAAGAUGGAGUGGGGGAUGAGAGGAUAGAUGCAGGGGAUGGUCAGCCAGACAGAGAGCUAGAGAGAGAGGAGGAGAGGGAAGAAAGGGAGGAGGAGGUGGAGAAAGAGGGGGAUAACAUGAACACAGAGGCCACAGAGGAGUCAGAACCAGCCUGCGAGCCCGGCUGUGAGGAGGAAGAGGAGGAGGAGGGUGAGGAGGAGUUACCUCCACCACCACCACCUGAGGAUCAGGAAGAAGACCAGGACCAGGACCAGGACUUACCAGACCCACCACGGUCUCUGGACAUAGUCAGGCUGGACAAUGGGAUAGGACCUGAGAAUGGAAUCAAAGGGCAUGAAGAGGAGGAUGAUGAAGAUGAUGAAGAUGAAAGAGAAGGAGGCGGCUUAGUGGAGGUCAUCCAUGAACACCUGGACACGUUCAGCUCCACCUUCGAGUGUUCCGUAGAGCUGGCGGACACAGAGGUGGAGGAAGAGGAGGAGGAGGAAGGGGAGGGAAGGGAGAACCAGGACAGCUUCAGCUCUGUGUUUGAACGCAUCGUGGAGCAUGUUGUCGCCAUAGAGGGGGAGGAAGAGGAAGAUGAGGAAGACGGGGAGGGAGAGAGAGAGAAGAGCGGGAUGGACAACAAGGACGGCUUCAGCUCAACGUUUGAGCGUAUUGUUGAGUCUGCGCUUCUUCGUGGGGGGACGUGCUACAGUAGUCUAGACUCCCUGGAUGUUCUGUCACUCACAGACGAGACAGACAGCUGUGUCAGCUUCGAGGCUCCGCUCACCCCCCUCAUCCAGCAGAGGUCCUUUCUCCAGAGUCCUGAGCCUCUGGAGCUGGAACUAGCCACUGUAAUGGAGCAGGAGGGAAGCGAGGCUGGACCCGAGGCCCAGCGAGGAGAGCCUGAGCCUGGGGAGAGUGUUGCAGGCCGUGAGCUUGGAUCUGGAGGAAGCCCACUGCGGACCACCAUCACCGGGACCAGGUCGGAGUUUGUCCUGAGCCAGCCUGGCCGAUGGGCCAUCCCAAAUGGGUUUCACAUGAACACCCAGGGGGGAGCGGAGGGUUCUGGAGCCAUACCCAACUCUAUGAGUGAUACCAACGUCACUGACGUGCUGUCGGACUCGGACUCGGAGCUAAGCGGUCUGGAGCAGCUGGAGAGAGGCAGCACGGACACCCUGGCCAACAGUUGCCGUGCCGAAUGUAACGCCGCCAAACGCCUUGCCAAGCGCCUGUUCUACCUGGAGGGCUUCAAACGCUGCGAUGUGGCACGCCACCUGGGAAAGAAUAAUGAGUUCAGCCAGCUGGUGGCGUCAGAGUACCUCAGCUUCUUUGACUUCUCUGAUCUGUCAUUGGACAAGGCCCUGAGGAACUUCCUGCAAGCCUUUCCUCUGAUGGGUGAGACCCAGGAGAGAGAGAGGAUCCUGGUCCACUUCUCUAAGAGGUUCUGUGUCUGCAACCCCACAGCCCUCGCCCCCGAAGGAAAGGACAUAUCCGAACGGAAUGAUAAUGAUGAAGAAGAUGAUGACGGAGCCCAUACGUUAACCUGCGCCCUAAUGCUGCUCAACACCGAUCUACAUGGACACAACAUUGGGAAGAAGAUGUCUUGCCAGCAGUUCAUCAGUAAUCUGGAUAGCCUAAAUGACGGCAAAGACUUCCCUAAAGACCUAUUAAAGGUGUUGUAUAAUUCAAUAAAGAACGAGAAGCUUGAAUGGGCAAUUGAGGAAGAGGAGUUCAGGAAGAGUCUAUCAGAGCUGGUGGAGGAGCAGUGUGAGGGAGGGGGGAAGAGGGGGGUUGCCAGGGUAACGGAUGGCAAUAACCCUUUCAUCGCCAUCCCCAUCCUACUCAACGCUGUCACCUAUAAACAUGGUGUCCUGACCCGCAAAAGCCACGCAGACAUGGACGGCAAACGCACCCCACGAGGACGGCGAGGCUGGAAGAAGUUCUAUGCGGUUCUAAAGGGGAUGAUCCUUUAUCUCCAGAAGGAUGAGUACAAGGCUGAUGCAGAGCUGUGUGAGGGGGACCUGAAGAACGCUGUGCGUAUCCACCAUGCGUUAGCCACCCGCGCUACAGACUACAGCAAGAGACCCAACGUCCUCAAACUAAAGACCUCUGACUGGAGAGUGUUCCUACUGCAGACACCGAGUGAGGAAGAGAUGAUGUCAUGGAUAUUUCGUAUUAACCUGGUAGCAGCUCUGUUCUCUGCCCCGGCCUUCCCUGCUGCCAUCGGCUCCAUGAAGACGUUCUGUAGACCUCUACUGCCCUCCUCUUCUACCCGGCUAAACCAGGAGGAGCAGCUGCAGUUUCACGAGGGGAAGCUGAAGCAGAUGAGUAUGGAGGUGGAGGAACACAGGAAGAGUCCGCCCUCGCCUUCUCCCAAGAGCAGAGAGUGGGAGGAGUACCGAAUCAAAGAGCACUACCUCAUAUAUGAGAAGAGUCGGUACGAGACGUAUAUCAACCUGCUCCAGGCCAAGAUGAGGGCAGAGACAGACGACCUGGAGAAGAUAGAGGCUAGCGUGAUGAGCGGGAUCGGCGAGGGCCGAGGGGGGCGCGAGGGCUACCUCCGGAAGACCCAGUCCUCUCCUUCCAUCAGCCAGCACAGUCUCAACGGCAGGGCCUCUGGACGCACUGCCCCGGGCCAGCGGAGUUGAGAGGAGACCCCCCUUAAAAACACCAUCAUGCACCCCCCUGUAACUGUCCUCUGAGCCAAAGGGCUCACCCCCCUAAAUGCCUAAGCACUGGAUUCAUAUCCAACCAACUCCCCAAAUCAUCCCUCCUUCCUAUUUCAUUGCACAGUAAAGCGGUAAUAAUUGUUCCAGCUAUACAGUAUUACUGGUGUUAUUUAACCAACAGCUAAUUGUCUCUGGCAGUGCUUAUAAGAACACGUAUAACAGAGAACACGACGAUGUGGAAAAAAUGAUGAAAGAGGAGAGAGGACUUACCUGCAUAAAGGAAGUGACAUUAUAAGGAAGGGUGGAGUGUUUUGGUUUGAGGAGGUGGAUGGUGGAUUUCAGGGUGGAGGGGCACAGUAGCAUCAAGUAGUCUCUCUCACCUGAGCCUUCAACAGGUUUCUCUGGACCAUAUAGAGCACGGAAACUCAGUGUAUCUGAACAGGCCUAUUGAGCAGGCCUAUGUAACACACCUACUGUAUGAGAGCCUUAUGAUGAUGAACACUUACUCAGACUCUCAGAACUGUUAUGAUGAUCAACUCCUUGCUGUAUAGACUAUUUAUUAUUAAUAUGUAUUUAUUUAUUGUAGAUUUCUUAUUCCACUUGAACCUGAGCUUCAUAUAUGAUAUCAGACUGAAUGAAAGCACUGUGCCAUGUUGUAUAACCCUUCGUUCUAUGUUACUGUCUGGACACCUGUAUUGCUGUUACGCUGAGUGGAAGCUGGGAUGGAGGAAUUUGACUGAGUAUGAGGAGUAACGGUUUAAGGAAAAAAGUGAGAUGUGUUGUUGAAUUGAACAUUUUGAUUACGUUGUGUGUGUGUGUGUGUGUGUGUGUGUGUGUGUGUGUGUGUGUGUGUGUGUGUGUGUGUGUGUGUGUGUGUGUGUGUGUGUGUGUGUGUGUGUGUGUGUGUGUGUGAGAGCCAGCGUAGUUGUGGGUUUGAGGUUGAGCGAUGGCCAGUGGACGUGGGGUUCAGGGUUAAAGGAAGCAGGUCUAACGUUAAAGGAUCUGUGUUCUGUGUUGUUAUUCUUUGAUGCAGAAGAAGAGAAGACGUCUCUCCCUGAGUUGGAGCAAGCUCAUCUUCCUGUCAUAUCAUCAUCAGAGUGCAGAUACAACAAUAAAAGACUGAAAGACAAAGCAGCAGGACUGCACAGGCUGAGCAGCAGAGGAAGUAGCAGAAGGGGUGAGCAGCAGAGGAAGUAGCAGAAGUGGUGAGCAGCAGAGGAAGUAGAGGAAGUGGUGAGCAGCAGAGGAAGUAGCAGAAGUGGUGAGCACCAGAGGAAGUAGAGGAAGUGGUGAGCAGAAGAGGAAGUAGAGAAAGUGGUGAGCAGCAGAGGAAGUAGAGGAAGUGGUGAGCCCCAGAGGAAGUAGAGGAAGUGGUGAGCAGCAGAUGAAGUAGAGAAAGUGGUGAGCACCAGAGGAAGUAGAGAAAGUGGUGAGCAACAGAGGAAGUAGAGGAAGUGCUGAGCAGCAGAGGAAGUAGAGGAAGUGGUGAGCAGAAGAGGAAGUAGAGGAAGUGCUGAGCAGCAGAGGAAGUAGAGGUAGUGCUGAGCAGCAGAGGAAGUAGAGAAAGUGGUGAGCACCAGAGGAAGUAGAGGAAGUGCUGAGCAGCAGAGGAAGUAGAGGAAGUGCUGAGCAGCAGAGGAAGUAGAGGUAGUGCUGAGCAGCAGAGGAAGUAGAGGAAGUGCUGAGCAGCAGAGGAAGUAGAGGAAGUGCUGAGCAGCAGAGGAAGUAGAGGAAGUGCUGAGCAGCAGAGGAAGUAGAGGUAGUGCUGAGCAGCAGAGGAAGUAGAGGAAGUGCUGAGCAGCAGAGGAAGUAGAGGUAGUGCUGAGCAGCAGAGGAGGUAGAGGAAGUGUUGAACAGAACACAGCGUUACACGUGGUGUAGAAUCAUAUUCCUAUCGGAGACCAGAGAGAGGAGACUAACCCAGCUCUCUCGGAACCAUGGAAAGAUGGAGGAAGAAAGGAAGGGAGUAUUUCUGCUGGACUCCAUUAUUCUUCAUUGAACUUUGAAACUCAUCUCUUUCUCCCUUCCCCCUCUCCUGACUGGACUUCAGAUGGGAUUGUGUCCCUAAUUCCUAUUAUCUCUUUCUCGACACUAAAGCGGUACGGAAUAUUUGCACAGUCAGACCAGACACAGGGGCUAUAUACGUAGAUCCUGUGUUUUUCUAUUCCAUAGUGAUGAGACUGGAUCAUUGAUCCUUAGUUAUGUUUACUGAAGUGGAAUUCAGAAUCAGAACUCCCAUUUUAUACCUUAUUAGUUAUGUCUUUCUUACUCUGAGGACCGACCUUGUCACUUUGGCUGUUGUGCUAACUAACCAUUGUUUCCCCUAUGUUUUAGGGUAGAGCAGUGCUGUUGUAAUAUAGAAAUGUGAGAAGGUUUUUUACUUUGCUAGUCCUGUCUAAAAUAUUAGUAUGUAUUUUGUUUAACUAAGGAAGCUAGGGCACUUUGUUGUAAAGACAUGUUAUAUAGUUGUUCUGUUUGUUCUGGCCAGUUUAAAGUGAAAUACACCUUUACUAGUUAUUAUUGUCAGGGCUUCAUAAAGUCAUCUUUUAUAUAAUAGAAA